AUGGCCAGACUCGCCGCUCCGCUCCGCAGCACGCACAAGGCGUUCGCGCGGCUGCUCACCUACAAGCUCGCGGAAACACCGGUGUUCCAGCACAUCAAAACCUCGCAGUCCGCGUUCCACGGCUUGUACUCCUACAAGGCGUUUGAGGACUUGUGGUUCAGGCAGGGCGAGGCGCUCACGGCCCGCUUGAACGCGCAGAUCCACGACUUGGGCGUGGACAACACGCCCGCGGACUUGUCCGAGCUCAUUGCGUCCACGUUCAACACGCCGGAGUUGGCGCCCAUCACGGCCUGCGCGGCCCGGCUCCACAACUUGCAGUUCUGCCUAGAAUCGCUCCGGCCCCACGAGGCUGCGCUUCCGGGCGGCAAGCCGGGCGCCGAGGCGCUCUUGCGCACGCCCUCCAUCGCCACGCGGCCCGACAACGAGCCGGCCCACGCGGCGCUCCGUGAGUGGAUCGACGACUCGUUCGGCUCGGUGGCCGAGUUGCGCUCGCUCUUGUUGAACUCCGCGCUCGCCAUCAAGGGCGACGGCGUCACGUGGUUGGUCGCCCAGGCCUCGUACUCCGCGUCGUCGUUGCGCGGCGGCUCGCAGGCCGACUUGUCGUUCAGCACCUUGGCCGUCGUCAACACCUACAACGCCGGGGUGGUGGACGACGCCGUGCGCCUGGGCCAGCUCUCCAAGUUGCGCCAGCAGCGGCUGGCGCGCGAGGAGGCCGCCGCGCGCAGGCAGCGGGAACGCAGCGAGAUCGCCGGCGCGCCUCGGCUGCCGGCAGAGCCCUCCCUUGACGCCGUGCCUGCGCCGGAGGAUCCCGCGGCAAGCACCGUGUUGGGCUCUGUCGAAGAGGCCGAGGAGGCCACGUUGUACCUGGACCGCAAGUUGGUGCCGUUGCUCGCGGUGGACGCGUCCAUGCGGGCGUACUUGCACGACUACGGCGUGUUCGGCAAGCUGCAGUACUUGGACAGUGUGUGGAGAUGCAUCAACUGGGACGUGGUGGCGGAGCGGGCCCCGGCGCGCUUCAAGCCCUCGGUGGUGUUUGACCGCUAG